AUGUUUGAAGUUUCAAAAAUUUUACGAGAUGCUCAGCCUACGGCCUACGAGCCAAAGAUUGUGUCACUCGGGCCGUACCAUUAUCACAAGCCCCAUCUUCGAGCCAUGAAUCAACAGCACAAGUGGUCGUUGCUCAGUAAGUUGCUAGAGCAAGACCGGUCCAAGGAUCUCAAGUAUUAUCUCAAGGUAAUCAAGGACAACGAAACUAGAGCUCGCAAUGCUUACCCAACGCAAUCGAUGAUCGGCAUGUGUGAAAAUCAGUUUGUCACGAUGAUGCUGUUGGACUGUGUGUUUGUCAUCGAGAUGUUGUGGCUGUGGAAGAAGAGUCCGGAAGGAAUAAAAAACCUGGCCUUUAUGAGUGAUCAACGAUCACAGAUAAUAGUGGCACGAGACAUGUUGUUGUUGGAGAAUCAACUGCCCUUCUUUUUGAUCGAGACUUUGUUCGACUGCGCAUUUACUGGUCAUCCGGGCGUGCGCGGCAAGCUAAAGAGCUGGCUGGGUGAAUUCUUCAGUGGCUUUUUGGAUAGUAAGAUAUCACAAAGAGAACUGAUCGUCAUCAGUCGAUUACGAGGCUGGGAUGGAUUCCGAGUGCGACUCGACUGGAGGAGACAAGAAUCAAAUUCAGGAGGAAUAAGAGCCCGACAGAUGCUCAGUUGUUGGGCAUCACUUUCGAUAAAGGGUUUCUAA